AUGGGAUUCGUCCCCUCAAAUUGGCGAAACUUGAUGAAUUUUUCAAUUGAGAAAAAGGCAGGCGACUUCCGGCUGUCGAAAAUGCGUACUAUUCAGUUAAUGAAUUUGGAGGCACAGGCGAACAACAAAAAAGCGGGUCGGGCGGCCAUGCGAUAUGCCGAGGAACACUCCUUGAUUCCAGACGGUCAGUGCGGUUCUCGGAAACGUCACCAGGCCAUUGAUCUGGCCCUGUCCAAACGUCUGGUCUGGGACUUGUUGAUUCUCCAACGACGCGCGGCUGGGUAG